UACUAAUAAUCAUCUCUAAUUAAUCGCUUAUUGCAUAAUCGAUUUGUUAUAUAAUGUUUGGGGGUGUUGUAAGUGUAACUAUCAAUUCUUUCUGUUGACUACCCAGUGGAUAAGGUCUCUUGUUAUGUCUCUGAUGAUGGUGCUGCUAUGUUGACAUUUGAGGCUCUUGCUGAGACAUCAGAAUUUGCUAGGAAAUGGGUUCCUUUCAGUACGAAAUAUGCAAUUGAACCGCGAGCACCUGAGUGGUACUUUUCAAAGAAAAUUGACUAUUUGAAAGAUAAGGUGCAACCAUCGUUUGUCAAAGAUCGUAGAGCAAUGAAGGUUGAAUUAACGGCUGCAGAAGUAGAGUCUCUUCGAUCAGAACUUGUUGAUUUAGAAGAGAAGGAGGCUCAGUUAAAAGCUCAGUGAGUGAUCCAUAACUUUUGACUGUUGCAACAUUUUCUGCCUUACAAUAUAUUACAAGUUAUUAUUAAAUAGUAGUUACUAGUUAGCCUUGGUUUGACACAGGUUGGAAAAUAUUGACAUUCUGACAUUUUAAUUCAAAAAGUUAUUGGAAUUAUAUCAACCAAGGGGCUGUUUAAGUUAAUUUUUCAGUUAUUGCAAAAUUUUAACCUUUUCUGAUUGUAGUGUCAGGCAAAAAAAUCAGAAUGGCAGUGCUUCAAAUGGAGGAGCAUCAAAUGAAAAGAAGUCAAUUACCUCUAUUGAUGAUGUUUUGAUAGGAUUGGUAAAAUGGCUUUGUGAGCAGGUGUGUAAUACUGAAACUCUUUCCUUUCACUAACCCAAAUUCAGUCAUUAGCUGAUAAUCUUGGUAUUGUAAAUGGUAAUAUCAAUUUGAGAUAUGCGAAGAAGGUCUUUGCAAGAGAAAUAUGUUUA